AGGGGUUUUGAUGGUGGAUUCGGUGGCCUUGAUAGUGGAUUAGGUGGGUUUGAUCCUGGAUUUACUGGAUUUGAUGGCUUAAGUGGGGCCGGUAACAUAGAUGGUGGAUUGGGUGGUUUUGAUGGCGGAUUAACCGGUUUAGAAGGUGGAUUAAGUGGAUUCAGUGGUGGAAUCUCUGGUCUCGACGGAUUAGGUACCUUUGAUGCUGGUUUAACCGGUUUCGAAGGUGGACUUAGUGGAUUGGAUAGUGGAUUAGGUGGUUUUGAUGGUGGAAUAGGUGGAUUCGACGGUCUCGAUGGUGGAAUGAUAGGCAUAAGUGGAUCAGGCGGUGGAUUAAGCAGCCUAGAUGGACUGAGUGCUCUAGACGGCCAGCUGAGUGGAUUUGAUGGAGGACUGACAAGCUUUGACGGUGCCAUCGCCUCUGCUCUUGUCGGUGGAGUGGCAGACGGAUUAGGUGGAGCGGGAAGUGGAUUUGCGGGUUCCGGAGGUGGAGCGGGAAGUGGAUUAGGUAGCGGGGCGGACUUUGGUGUAUCCGGUGGAGGAGUAGGGGGCCAGGGCGGACUGAGUGCGGGUGGAGGACUUGCAGGCUCCUUCACCGCUGCAGUCCCUGGCGGAGGCGAUGUUGGCGUUGGACUUCCUCGGGGAGGGGCUGUUAGUCCCGGAGGCGGCGGGGGGGGCGCCGCUGGCCCUGGGUUGCCCGUCGGAGGCGUGGCCGAUGGCGCUGGUAGCCUUCUUGGUACAUCCUUUGGCGUUGGUAGCCCUGUUGAUACCUUUGGCGUUGGUAGCCCUGUUGAUACAUCCGUUGGCAUUGGUAGCCCUCUUGAUACAUCCGUUGGCGUUGGUGGCCCUAUUGAUACAUUCGUUGGUGUUGGUAGCCCUAUUGAUACGUCCUUUGGCCUUGUUGAUACCCUAGUUAGUGUUGAUAGCCCUGUCGCUGCCUCCCUUGGUACUGGUACCCCGACUGAUGCCUCCAUUGGCAUCGGCAGCCAUGGCGAUGCCUCAGUUGGUAUUGCUGAUGCAUCCGUUGGAGGUCUCAUCGGCAGCCCUGUCGACGUCUCCGCUGGUCUGGAUGGGUCUGGCGCCCUCACAGCAGACCCUGCUGCGGGGUCGAUCAGUACUGGGAGCACGGGUACUGUUGUUUCUGGCAGCCCCGGGGGUGCUAGCGCCCCCGCUCCAACCCUCAAAAGCUUCAUGAAUUUCGGAAGCCCCGUCAGUGUUGGCACAUCUGCAAGUGCUGCAGGCUCUAUGACAGUUGCCCUGUCAGUGUUAGCAGUCCUCUGA